AAGAAGAAGAGACAGCAACUGGACUUUUACGGAACAACUGCUUAGUCCGAAAUAAAUCAACAAAUAAAGGAUUAAUACCGAGUUGUCACGCGUUUUGGGUUGAAUUGUCCACAAUGUCCAGACAAGCCAACAGAACGACAGACAGCAAGAAAAUGAACUCUGAGCUCUUUACACUGACUUACGGAGCCCUGGUCACUCAGCUGUGUAAAGACUACGAGAACGACGAGGAAGUCAACAAACAACUGGACAAAAUGGGUUAUAACAUCGGGGUACGUUUGAUCGAGGAUUUUUUGGCACGUUCCAACAUCGGCAGGUGUCAAGAUUUCCGAGAAACAGCCGAUGUCAUUGCUAAGGUCGCAUUUAAGAUGUACUUGGGAAUCACUCCGAGCGUAACCAACUGGAGUCCAGCGGGAGACGAAUUCUCCCUGAUCCUGGAGAACAAUCCUCUGGUCGACUUUGUGGAGCUGCCAGAUAACCACAGCACGCUAAUCUAUUCCAACCUGCUGGUCGGGGUCCUCAGAGGAGCCCUGGAGAUGGUUCAGAUGGCGGUGGAUGUGAGGUUCGCCCAAGAUACCCUGAGAGGGGACAAUGUUACAGAAAUUCGCAUGAAGUUUAUCAAGAGGAUUGAAGAGAACCUGCCAGCAGGAGAUGAGUGACAAACAACAAAAUGCUUUUCUCAAACAUUUGUGUCUCAUUUAGGGCAGAUUAUUAUUAUUAUUAUUAUUUUUUUUUUGCCCCCCAUGUAAAGUACAUCUUCACUUACAGAGUGAAUGUUCAUCAACCUGAGAGUUUUUGUCGCUGUUUUGAGUUCGAAAUCAGCAUUUUGUUUGUGUGAUGAAAGACUUGGUUUGGAUGUGGCAGUAAGCAGAGGUGAAAAGGACUUAAAAUUUAAAUGGAAGAUUUCCUCAACUUGAGAUGAUCAUAAGUAUGUAUGUGGGAACACACACACACACACACACACACACACACACACACACACACACACACACACACACACACACACACACACACACACACACACACACACACACACAAAACCCCUAAAAAACAAUCCUCCCCCAUUUUUGCUAGUGUUUUCCAAACAUUUAUCUUGAGAAGGUCCUUGGAGUGAGACUGCUGUCAUUCAUCCAUGGGAACAAAAGGAACACUGUAAACUACUCAAAUAUACCCAAUGUUCCAAGUAGAAUUACCUUUUAUAUUUUAUGGCUUUAAAAA